GCCCUCGUAGUGACCUCGUCACCACAAGGCGGGGUUCGGCGACCGAAUUUUUGUCCUACCUGUUUCUGUGCCGGUGGGUAUGGCGGCUCCGCGUCCUGUGAGUUCAGAGGCGCCUUUCGAUCCGUCCCAGACCCCAGUCAUCGAGGGCUUCACCCCCACGGUCUACAGCAACCCAGAGAGCUUCAAGGACAAGUUUAUUCGCAAGACUCGUGAGAACCCGAUGGUCCCCAUAGGCUGUCUGGGUACGGCGGCUGCCCUCUCCUAUGGCCUUUACUGCUUCCACCGCGGCCAGAGCCACCGCUCCCAGAUAAUGAUGCGCACCCGGAUCGCUGCCCAGGGUUUCACGGUCGUUGCCAUCUUGCUGGGGUUAGCGGCAUCUGCUAUGAAGUCUCGAUCUUGAGUGUAUGGCCGGGCCUUGAAAGCUCCAUGGAAAUCAUUAUAAAACCCAGGAGCAACAAACAGCCCUGUCAGACUUAUUCCCUCCUUUUCUGACAGUACCCUGUUGUCAUUUGGGUGAGGAAGUGGCCGAUUUUGUGACUGAUUUACACCCCCCCACCCGAUAUCCCAGGUUGACUUUAAUUGGGUUGCACACUAAAAAUUCGUGAUGUGUCCCCUUAACUACUUUGCUUAAUAAAACCUUAAUAUGUUUGCAAUGUGA